AUGGCUGAGGUCGAUGAAACUCUUAAGAAAAAACGUACCUUCAGGAAGUUUACCUUCCGUGGAGUUGAUCUCGAUCAACUACUGGAUAUGCCCAAUGAACAGCUCAUGGAACUUAUGCACUCACGCGCUCGUAGGCGGUUUGCCCGCGGCUUAAAGCGCAAGCCGAUGGCUCUGGUUAAGAAACUCCGACGCGCAAAGAAAGAAGCACCUCCAAAUGAGAAACCUGAGAUUGUAAAGACUCACUUAAGAAACAUGAUCAUUGUUCCCGAAAUGGUUGGCUCCAUCGUUGGUAUUUACAAUGGAAAGACUUUUAACCAGGUUGAAAUCAAGCCUGAGAUGAUUGGACAUUACCUUGGCGAGUUUUCAGUUACGUACAAGCCUGUGAAGCAUGGUAGGCCUGGUAUCGGUGCCACCCACAGUUCCAGGUUCAUCCCACUCAAGUAG